GGGCUCUAGGGUGGAGAAAAACUAAAUCCAUCUUCUGAUAAAAAAUCCGCCCUACGUCGGGUGCAGGUUUUCUGUUGUGCGUUCAAGCGUGAUUUUCCGCCGGCUUGUCGGAGAAUAUCUUGCCGUUGUGUAAAUUGUGUUAGUUUGUUUAUCUGUUUGUUAUUGAACAGUGGCGUGGCCGUAUCGGUGAAAAGUGUAAUUAAAAAAAGCUCGGCCAAGUUAGUCAAACCUCUGUAGUUGUCUGUCAAACUUCGCGCUGUGUCGAAUUAAUUAAUUUGUGAAUUCAAGUGACAACGUCGACACUAGUGCUGGCCCUCGGGAUGGGCCAUCCAUUGAUGACAAUGAAGGCCGGAAUCUUGCUCCUGACAUUGUGCGUCCUUGCGCCGAUGCACGACGCCAGCGGCAGCAAGUUGGGUAAGCUUUCGAUGGAGGAAGCUAUCACCAAGGAACAGGUGCUGAAGAAUAAUAUGAUUCCGGAGCAGGAAUCGGCCAUUGCUCAGGGCGGUACGUCGGAGCUGGCAAAAUCGACGGCAGCUCCCAUCAACGUGACGACGGCGGUGAAAUCUACCACAGGAUUCUCCAAUGAAUUUAAUAUGACGCUAAAGUGUGGGGAACGACACUUUCGUUGCGGAAACGGACAAUGCAUACACAUCAGCUUCGUGUGCGACGGCGAGGACGAUUGCAACGAUGAGAGCGAUGAAAAAGUCGAUGUUUGCAAAGUAAAAGAGACCGUGUGUUCGGAGGACAAGUUCCGGUGCAAGAACGGUAGGUGUAUCCUGAAACGCUGGCAGUGCGACGGCGAAAAGGACUGUGCCGACGGUUCGGACGAGGAUGCCGAAAAAUGCCAGACCAAAGUGUGCUCGUCGGAGGAAUUUACGUGCCGCAGCGGAACCGGCAACUGCAUCCCACUGUCGUGGAUGUGCGACCAGAACCGCGACUGUGCCGAUGGCUCCGACGAAAUGUCCUGCAACGAAACGUGCCGCUCUGACGAGUUCACCUGUGCCAACGGCCGCUGUAUCCAGAAACGCUGGGUUUGCGAUCGCGAUGAUGACUGCGGCGACGGAAGUGACGAGCGGAGCUGCCAGCCGACGACCUGCGAUCCCCAGAAGCAGUUCUCGUGCGCCGAAAACUACUGCAUCACCAGCAAGUGGCGCUGCGACGGUGAAACCGACUGUCCGGAUGGUUCCGACGAACGGGGUUGCGCCAGUCCGCCGCCGCCAAUAGCCAGCACCUGCCUGCCGAUGGAGUACCAGUGUAAUGAUCGGGUGACUUGCAUCCAUCGCAGCUGGAUCUGUGACGGCGAAAAGGACUGCCCGAAAGGAGACGAUGAGAUGCUGCCCGUAUGCAGCAACGUCACCUGCCGCUCGGAUCAGUUCCAGUGCAAAAAGGACCGAAUCUGCAUCAACGGCCACUUUUUCUGCAACGGCAAGAAGGAUUGCCCCGAUGGCAGUGACGAGCUCAACUGUGGCGGUAACACCAACAGUGCGAAGUGUAACAGCAAGACGGAGUUCGACUGCGGCGGCGGCAUGUGUAUACCGCUGUCGAAAGUGUGCGACAAGAAGCCCGAUUGCCCGAUGUUCCAGGACGAGCCGGCCGACAAGUGUGGCAAAAACGAGUGCCUCGAGAACAACGGAGGUUGUUCGCAGCAGUGCGUCGAUACGCCCGCCGGGUACUACUGCGACUGCAAGCCAGGCUUUAAAUUGUCGGACAAUAAGACCUGCGUCGAUAUCGACGAGUGCGAAGAGCCCGGAUCGUGUUCGCAGAACUGCACCAACGAGAUCGGCACGUUCAAGUGCGAGUGCGUGGAGGGCUAUCUGCGCGAUCCGCGCGACCACACGCGCUGCAAGGCCACGGAAGGGCAUGCUUCGCUGCUCUUUGCCCGGCGUCACGAUAUCCGCAAGAUUUCACUAGACCACCGUGAGAUGACAUCGAUCGUCAACGAUACCAAAUCGGCGACGGCACUCGACUUCGUCUUCCGGACCGGCAUGAUCUACUGGAGCGAUGUGUCCGAGCGGCGCAUCUACAAAGCACCGAUUGAUGAGGGUUCGGACAAGACGGUCGUCGUGAAGGAUCAGCUGGUUACGUCCGAUGGAUUGGCCGUUGACUGGAUCUACAACCACAUCUACUUCACCGACAUCAAGAAGUCCACCAUCGAGUUGACCAACUUCGAUGGCAAUAUGGGCAAGGUUUUGAUCCAGGACGACCUCGAAAUUCCACGGGCUAUCGCUUUAGAUCCAAUCGAAGGAUGGAUGUACUGGUCCGACUGGGGUACGACGCCGAGAAUCGAGCGCGCCGGCAUGGACGGGACUCACCGGCAGGUCAUCGUAAGCUAUGAAGUCAAGUGGCCCAACGGCAUCACCCUCGAUUUGGUUCGCAAACGAGUUUACUGGGUUGAUGCCAAGCUAAACGUCAUUUCGUCUUGCAACUACGAUGGCUCCCAGCGUACCGUUAUCCUCUACUCAGCCGACUACCUGCGGCAUCCGUUUUCGAUCACCACCUUCGAGGAUCACAUCUACUGGACCGACUGGGACAAGGAGGCCGUCUUCAAGGCGAACAAGUUCACCGGCAAAGACGUGGAACCGGUGACGGCGAUGCAUAUGCUCCAACACCCGAUGACGAUUCACGUGUACCAUCCCUACCGGCAGCCGGACGGUGUGAACCACUGUCAAGCGGUGAACGGCCACUGUUCGCAUCUGUGCCUACCGGCACCCCAAAUCAGCGCCAGCAGUCCGAAGAUCUCCUGCGCGUGCCCCACCGGCCUGAAGCUGAUGAGCGACAGCCUUAUGUGUGUUGAAGACGAGAGCCAACCAGCCAGUAGGGACGACGACACGGACAGUACCGAACGGCAGGCGAGCGGCGAGCUCGGUAGCAACAACGGUAACAUCAUUGCAUCCUCUGCCAAUGCUUCAUCCUCCUCCAACUCUUCAUCGCCAUCCUCAUCCUCUAGCUCGCAUGACGGCGGCCGGCGCAACUGGCAAACGACCCUGACGCUGCCCGGGCUCAGUCCGCCGGGUCUGAUCCCGGUCCGGACCAACAUCACUAACAGCUUGCACCUCACCGCCAUCUGCACCAACCUGACGCGUGUGGUCGCGAUCAUGGAGCGGCUCCGGUCCGCGAAGACGGUCCGCGACCGGGACGCUCUGGUGCGGUCCUACAUGCACCGCGUCCCGGCGACAGACGGGGGGCCGCCCCAGUACUCCUACUGGGAGCAGCGCAAGCGCUUCAAUCUGCUCGAAAACCUCUUCCCGCCGGGCCCGGCCGAUGCCGAGGAGCGGGCCCAGGCCGAGGCGGCUGCCCAGCAUCGGGCGCUCUACGACAACGAGCUGGCCGCCUCGCUCGAGCACGUGAGGUGGCUUUGCGAACGGUACCGAGCCACGAUGCGAAAUGGCACCGAUGGCACGAUCAUCCACCCGGGCGUAGUCGAGGACGACUCGGGCCAGGUGGCCAUCAUCGCUAUAAUCAUCAUCGGGUGUGUCAUCGGGCUCGUCUUAGCGGUCACGUGGUGCUUGUACCGUCACCAUGUGCACCGAAACUCGACGUCGAUGAACUUCGACAAUCCCGUCUACCGAAAGACGACCGAGGACCAGUUCAGCCUGGAGAAGAACAUGCAAAGCCGCAUGUACCCGAGCACCGUGGGCGAAGAGGCACAAGAACCGCUGAACAAACCUGCUACCAACGAUUUCGUCUAGCCUCGUCUAGUUCCACGAAAGAGCUCUAUAAGAUCACCGAUGGCUGAGGCGAUAGCAGAAAUCCAUAAACCAGAACACAAUCAUUGCGAGCCCACGUCGUAACGGUGCACUUCAAAAGGCAAAACGUCAAUAGAAGGCUUAUUCCAUGAUUAUUUUUUGUGGCACCAACAAUCACAACAGACGAACAAACGAAAGCCGCCAGGUAGCUAGGGGCCGCACAGCGACCGGACAGCGCAGAUCCGCCCAGAGGAUUCCCUAAAGACUCCCAAAAUAAUGCUCAACAUCCGUGGGGAGUAAUAGCCGUGGGGUUUUGAAAGUAGGAUGGUCAACAGCCGUUCAGAAAUCACUGCUCCCAACGCCAUCCACAGUGGUCUGUGUUUAACAUAAACUAGUUUGAACUGUUUUUUUCCGAGAUUUUUCAUUGUUAUCUGUUUCUCCACCAUCGUCCAAGCACCCAAAAAGCCCGCGAACGCAAACCCUGUAAACGAGAGGAAAACGGUUUUCCACUUCCGCCGUAGAUGAAAAGUUUCCGUAGUGGCUGUGGCGAUGCGUAGACCGUGAUAUCCGUAGCUGUAUAAACUGAGGGCACUCUAGCUUUCUUUCCCCAAUGUUGUUUCCUGUGAGGUUAGCUUAAUUGUAGGGGGGAACACACACGGUUAUGAAUCGCCCACUAGGCGUUGGAUAGGUGUUUUUUCAGGUAAUCGAAACAUUGGGCUGACGGUUAGUGGGUUUAGUGUUUCGCUGCACAAUGCAGAUUGAGGUUUAAGUUCUGUAAAACCGAAGUUAAGUCACGGAGAGGUGCACAAAGCCAGGUAAUAGCAGUACCGAAAAGAGAGAGAAGAGAGAUGCAAAGAAAUAAAACUAGGAAAAGCUACCGUUGUCAUCUUCCGGAAGGCAGAAAGAGAGUGCAUGCGAUAAAAAAUGUAAAGGUAAAGGGUAAAGAGGACGGCUACGAUUCCUUUCGUAUCCCGCGCGAUGUGCAAACUGUUUAAAUGUAUUUGUAAAUAUAAAAUCUUCACCUUCUGUUACUUCUACCUGUUUCGUUCAAUUGCCGCAAAGUAAUAUCCAGUUCCCAGGCCCCAGUUGCCUUCUAAAACACUUUUCUGUCCCUAACCGACCGAAAAACGGAAACGAAUUCGAGACCCGUUAUGCAAACAACAAAUUAAUACCUUCAACGUCGCAGUGUAGCACACAUUUCCUCGUAGUUAGAAGCAUUGUUCCGUUUUCCCGUUCGUUUUCCUGCUCGUUAGGCAUUUUUAAAGACGUUUAGAGCACUCUAAUGGUCGUUGUUUAGGAGAAAUUCUAAAGGAUACUGUUCCCAUUCUUAUUACGUAGUCAUAGCUUGCGCGCAUUCCUUACACCAUCGUCCAGCCAGCAAGCAACCUUAAUUGAUUAGCGACACCGUUUGAUAUAGCCAAAUAUCGAAAGCAGUAAAAUAUAGAAUGUAGGAUAAGUGAGCAGGGUGCGCCGUGUAGCAGUCGAGCUGAAUAUGGAAAUUGAGGCAAUUAAAAUGAGAUGGACGACUCUGCGACACUCACAGUCACACGCCAGGCGAACACAGUCACACGUCACAGAAAUGUGCACCACAAGAUACAGGUUAUGCGUUGGUUUUUGCUCAAAUUUUUCCCAUUUAUACUCCGAUCAGGCACGACCCUCUUGCGAGAGAAGCGGUGCCAAGCGGAUCCAAGUGAAAUUUGCUCAAUCUAAAACGUAGUGAAAUCGUGUCCCAGAUGAAUGCAUAGCGCAUAACGGUUUGGGGCGAAAUAGUAGCAUAAGAAGAAGGAAAACGCAUCAAAAGACAGCUCAAAAAGAGAAAUCGGCAAAAAAAGUAUCUGAAGGAGGGUGAAUGUUUCAUGCUGAGACAACAUGCAUUACUACAGAGAACAAGAGCUAAAACAAAACUAAGAAAACUGGGACGAAAACCCUUGCCAAAAGUUUCCACGCCAAACGCAUUGUAGUGCGGGAGUUAUUUUUUGUAUCGUUAGACUUAACACCCAGCAUCCUUGCGAUCAGUGAAAAGAAAAUCCAUCCAAACACACUCUAUCUAUCCCAUCAGCAGCGUAAAGGGGAGGUGGAAGGUACCGAAACGUCCCACUGUCGUCGCUUUCGGGGUAUGUGGCAUGUUCUUGCUCUAAUUACUAGAAAAAAAUAUGUCAAAGCACGCGGGAGCAACGGAAAGCGAGCAUAAAUAGAAUCAUUAUCAGACGACCAUUUUUAGACGAUCAUUUUCGAUGCUCAGACUACUAGCUCAAGAGUGGCAAACAAAAUGGCCGUCAUGGUGUUUUCAAAGAGGCAAGAAAAGAAAGUUCUAUGAAACAAUAAGCGUAACGUACACCUGGGCAUGACCGAAUGUACAGCUUUUUAUCGAUGCUGAGGGAAAGGAAAAGUCUUCAAUUAUAUUCCUUCCCUUAACCUAACGAUAUUUUGAUCACACUUUUCCAUCCAUACAAGCAACCAAAACUCGAAUACCAUAACGAUUUAGCAAAAACAAAACAUUUCCUUACAAAUUAAAUGUAAUAAAAGGACCGAGGGUGGUGCAUGGGUUCCGCAGAACAACCGACCGGUCUUCUACCGAAAUGCAACACCUUAACUCAAACAAACUAGCAAACAAAUUUAAAACAGAGUAAAAACUUUACACAGCGAACUAUUGCUGCUGUUGGUUGUCGACGUUCCACAAAUCUCUGUUUGUAAAUAGGUACACUGUAAAUGGUUUGAAACAUGAAAGCACUACACCGACGCAGCAGGUGGUCGAAAGAACUAAGCAACACAAAUGGGAAACAAUGCAAAUGCAAAGUUGAAUUAAGAAAUUAAGAAACCAAACAAAAGACGACGAGAACGUUGUGAAGAACGCUAGGUGUUUGCUGAACUGUGUUCGCUGUUUACUUUCCCGGUUUCGCUCGGUGUGCAAAUAAUUAUGUUACGUGUAAGAAAAGCAAACCUUAAAGCUUAUAAACGUUAAAAAUGCAAUUUUUACACACCUUGCUUGGGGGUGCUAGGAACAUGCUGGCAAAUAAAACCACCACCGAUGAGGCAACGCAGCAGAGAACCACACACCGGAGGGUAUCCUUUUCAAGCGUGUGUACGUUUUGAUGUUUGCCGUUAGUACUCAACAUCCGUUUACAAAAUCGAGCGUUAAUUCUUUUUUGCGAAAGCCCGUUUCGCAAUUUGGCGGAUUCAAACGGGCAGAUAGUGAGAAAGAGGUGCGAACGUAAAACACGAUAUCUAUGAUGCUCAAAGCAAAAUUAUCUAAAAAGGAUCGCGGGAGCGAUACCAACCAUAAGUUGAUGUAGAACAAAUAUGAAAAUGGAAAGGCAACAAAGUUAAUUAUGGGUUUUGUACAUACAGAUAUUUAUAUAAGAAUAAACAAAUAUAUGAGGAUAGUGAAGAAAACAAAAGAUUUAAUCUUAAUUAUAUACACACACUUACAGCGUAAAGCUUAAGGCGGCUAGAAGGAGCAAAGUAAAACGGAUAGGAAUUCGUGGCACGCAGAAAUAACAGCAUAAAAGACCUGCGGAAGAUUUUCCAACACGUUGUUGCUGUCCACUCGACCGAAAGAACCGAUUCGGGGCAAGCUAAAAAAAUGAAACUGAGGAAGGGAAAAAAGAAACAGAUCGAACCUAUGUACUAUAAUAAAUAAAUAUAA